UUAACACUAUACUUCUGGGAUGAAAUCCGCAAGAGGGAAGGAAAGGAAGGAACACUCCUAGAGGACGCCCCAAUAUCGUGCAUAGCAGCAGGGAUCCCAACAUUCAACACAAAAAAAUGGAACGAGGCAGGCUGCACUAAGCUUAGACACUUAUACCAUGAAGGCAACCUGUUGGCAUUCCCAGAUCUCCAGGCACGGCACAACAUCCCCAACAAGGCGCUGUUCUCCUACCUACAGCUGAAAUCGCUGCUCACAGGGGUACAAAUAAAUAGCCAGGUGACACCCAACAAACACUCCAUAGAACAAUUUUGCCUAACCAACAAACCCCCUAAAAAAACGAUCUCCACGAUCUACAACAUACUCACAGACGAUGAGGCGCACCCAGACAUGACAUUCCAAACAGCUUGGCACAAGGAACUGGGACAAACCAUAGACAAAGAGCAAUGGCACAGGGCAUUUACAAUACACGUAG